CUAGAAAGUGAUCAAUGGAUGCUUUUGCACCUUGACGGCUUCACACGGAACUCUACUUGCACGUCGUUUAUGAUAACAGGAUAAGGUACCUUCACUCGCCAUGGUGCUCUUGACAAUGACGCCGUCCAUUGUGGACGCGCUGAAGCUGCUGGGCGAGCAGCGCAAAGUUGACGAGCCCGGCGACGAUGGGAGCCAGAAUCAGCCCGAAACCGAUUCAUCGACAGAGCCAGCAGUGGGCAAUCCCAUCUCCCACAGCGAGAUAAUCAGCCUUUACAAGAAGCUCGGUGCUUCAGAAACAUCACCGCCCAGAUACAGCCUGGAGCAGCUUCUCCAGGGAUCUCGCGUCUAUAUUCCACCUCCUCCACCGAAGCCCGAACCCUCUGAAGAAUACAAGGCCCUCAUGGCACGUCUCCGCCGCGAAGAAGAUGCUCGGGCCUACGAACGCAUGAUUAACCCGCCGCCUCCGCUCGAGACCUUCCAGCACCGAUUCCCCAAUGCCGCCCAAGCCUUUGCCGAGGCCAACCGGCCCUCCAGCUCGGAAGAUCUUGGCGACGAUGAGGUUACAUACAAUGAGAUUCAUCGUCAAGUGAUGUUGAUAAUCAAUUUUCUCGUCAGCAUCGCUGGAGUCGCGGUUACACUCUGGAUUGCCGGCCGCUGGUGGAGCCUGUCGUCUCGAAUAUUCCUGUCCCUUGGCGGGAGCAUACUGGUUGCAAUCGCAGAAGUAGCCGUUUACUCAAGCUACGUGUGGAGGAUGGGCGAGGCGAAGAGCAAACAGGGCGCAGUGAAAGAGAUUAAGGAAGUUGUCCAGACGUGGAUUGUGGGACAAGGGGAGGGCGACGAUAAGAGCGUCUUGCUAGAAAGCAAAGAUGAAGGAGACGAGCAAGUCAGGAGGAGAAUCCCGACAACUCAAACGGAUGAUCCAGACUCAUGAAAUCCGAGUCGGCCACCCAUUGUUUUUGUAUAUUAUUUGCAAGCGUUGUGUUAAUACCCUUCUUCAAAUGGCUGCACCGAUUCUUAGUGGUAGUACGAAGUAGAUAGCUUGCCAUAAAUCGUCUGAUAU